AUGGAUCUCUUUCCAAGUGCCUUUGUGGCGCGUCCGUUGAAGAUUGUGGUGAUCGGUGCUGGCAUUUCGGGAAUCCAAUUUGCACACGAUGCAAGCACGUCAUUACCAGGUGUCGAUCUCCAAAUCUACGACAGGAAUCCUUCCUUGGGAGGAACAUGGUAUGAAAAUCGGUAUCCUGGCUGUACAUGCGAUGUGCCUUCCCACACUUACCAGUUUAAUUGGGCGCCCAAUCCAUCAUGGUCAUCGCUUUAUCCUCCAGCUCCUGAGAUCCACAGGUACUUGGAGGAUGUAGCCGACAGGCACAAUCUGCGCCGUUUCAUGACCUUCAACACCAAAUGUGUCUUGGCUCAAUGGAACGAAGAAUCUUCAAAAUGGAAAGUUGUUCUCCACGACGUAAUUUCCGGCGAAGAAAAUACCGUCUUUGCUGAUGUCUUUGUCUAUGCUGUCGGGCGGUUGAACAACUACAAGUUCCCCAAGAUUGCGGGCCAAAAAGCUUUCCAAGGAGUCCAAGUGCACACUGCAAACUGGCCAGCUGACAUGGUUGUCAAGGACAAGCGGGUGAUUGUGAUUGGGAAUGGUGCAAGCGCCGUUCAGUGCGUAGCAGCUUUGCAGCCAGUUGUUUCGCAAAUAACCAACAUUGCUCGAGGUCCAACGUGGAUUCUUCCACAUGCAGCGGCUGAAGAUGGUACAGUUCAGCGCGAAUACUCAACUGAACAGAAACAAGCUCUCUUGGCUUGCCCUAUGCGCUAUUAUGAAUUUUGUAUCUCAUUAGAGCAGAGACUUGCUGCAAGUUUCACGGGACUCUGGAGAGGGACUCAAUCUCAAGCCAAUUUUACGUCAUUGGCACAUUCAUUCAUGAAGGCCAAGAUCACAAGUCCCGAUCUUCUAAAUGCACUCCUGCCAGAAUUUGAAGCUGGCUGUCGUCGCUUCACCCCUGGUGGUCACUAUCUGGAUGCGUUGCAAAAGCCCAACGCCAUAUAUGUGCAUGACUCAAUCAAUAGGCUGACCGAGGAUAGCCUUAUCACUGAAUCGGGUGGGGAGUACAAGUGUGACAUAUUGGUAUACGCCACCGGAUUUGAGCCAUAUCAGCCACGGUUCCCGAUCACUGGUCGCGCUGGACGAUCGCUGAGUGAAGACUGGGAUCGUGAGGGACCUUGCGAGAGCUAUAUGGCCGCGAUGGUUGCCGAGUUCCCCAACUUCUUUGUCUUCAACCCCCCAAUCUGCCCUGUGAAUGGAUCGGCUGUCCCCGGAAUCCAGAGGGCAAGUGACUAUAUGAUUCGAGUCUUAUCCCGACUCCAGACAGACAAACUGCGAUCCGUAUCUGUGACGCCGCGGGCUCAACGUGCAUUUAACCAAUGGGUCCAGUCGAGAAUGCCUCACAUGGUCUGGUCUGGAUCGUGUAAAUCAUGGUACAAGAACGACAAUGGAAAGGUUGUUGUUCCUUGGCCUGGAACUGUCCUUCACUACUAUGCGGCGACCGAAAUUAUCCGCUGGGAAGACUUCGAUCUAGUCUACGAGAACCCCGAUGAGAAAUAUGCAAGUUUCGGCAAUGGUGUGACUAUUGAUGGAUUCGUACCUAAUCAGUUCCCCUGGGUCCAUCCCCCCACUGAUGUCCAAAAGCUAGAAAGGAAUGUGGAGCCAGCUUCCCAAGCCUUUACAUUUUCACCACCAAGCAACGUGUUGCAUCGUGUGACAAGCCAUUUGUUACAGUCGCUGGGUGCAUGGCUAAAUCCCGGUGAGCAACCAGCCAAGAUUUGA